GGGCCUGGAGCCGGGCUUCCCUCGCCGGGGGCCGGUGGCGGUCCCCGGCUUCCGGCUGCGCGGCCCGCGGGCCGGCCCCCUCCCCGCCCCGGGGCCCCUCCCCGCCUGGUUGUGUAACCGUCCCCAGCCCCCCUCCCCUCGGCCCCCCGUCCCCGGGGGGAAGGCGGGGGGCGCGCUGUCACCCACCCGGUGCUCCCCCGGGAGGAUGGCGGCCGGGGCGGCCGCACGGCGCAGGCGAGCCCGGGGAUGCGCGGCCUAGUGCAGGCCGGGCCCGGGCGUGGGGGAGGCGGGCGGGCGGACCCAGAUCCGGGGUAAUUUGCAUCGCCCUCCCCCCAGUCCGGGUGGGGAUUGGCCGCCGGCGGCGGGGGGUGGCGCGGGGCCAGCUCACUGCCGCCUCCCGGCCCCUCGGAGGGAGCCAGCCCAGCCGCAGCCGCCGCCACCGCCGCCGCCGGGGCCGGGCUCCCUCGCCGCUGCCCCGGGAAGGAGGUGUCGGCGCGGAAAAUGGCCGGCGGCGUGGACGGCCCCAUCGGGAUCCCCUUCCCGGACCACAGCAGCGACAUCCUGAGCGGGCUGAACGAGCAGCGGACGCAGGGGCUGCUGUGUGACGUGGUGAUCCUGGUAGAGGGCCGUGAGUUCCCCACGCACCGCUCCGUGCUGGCGGCCUGCAGCCAGUACUUCAAGAAGCUCUUCACGUCGGGCGCCGUGGUGGACCAGCAGAACGUGUACGAGAUCGACUUCGUCAGCGCCGAGGCCCUCACCGCGCUCAUGGACUUCGCCUACACGGCCACGCUCACGGUCAGCACGGCCAACGUGGGCGACAUCCUGAGCGCCGCCCGCCUGCUGGAGAUCCCCGCCGUCAGCCACGUGUGCGCCGACCUGCUGGACCGGCAGAUCCUGGCGGCCGACGCGGGCACCGACGCUGGGCAGCUGGACCUCGUAGACCAAAUGGACCAGCGCAACCUUCUGCGGGCCAAGGAGUACCUCGAGUUCUUCCAGAGCAACCCCAUGAACAGCCUGCCCCCCGCCGCCGCCGCUGCCGCUGCCGCCGCGGGCUUCCCCUGGUCGGCCUUUGGCGCCUCCGACGACGACCUGGAUGCCACCAAGGAGGCCGUGGCGGCCGCCGUGGCCGCCGUGGCCGCGGGGGACUGCAAUGGGCUGGAUUUCUACGGGCCAGGCCCCCCCGGUGAGCGACCCCCGGCCGGGGACGCGGAUGAGGGGGACAGCACCCCGGGCCUGUGGCCGGAGCAGGACGAGGAAGCACCCGGUGCCAACGCCGCCGUGGCCGCUGCCGCGGGCCUCUUCCCAUCGGGUGCCACGCAGAACGGCCACUACAGCCGGGCGGGCGGGGAGGAGGAGGCGGCCUCGCUGUCCGAGGCGGCCCCGGAGCCCGGCGACUCCCCGGGCCUGCUGGGGGGCGGCGCUGACGGCGAGGACGGCGACGGGCCGGACGACGGGCUGGCGGCCAGCACGCUGCUGCAGCAGAUGAUGUCGUCAGUGGGCCGGGCGGCCGCGGCCGCCGGGGACAGCGACGACGAGGGGCGGUCCGACGACAAGGGUGUGGUGGACUACUACCUGAAGUACUUCAGCGGCGCCCACGACGGCGACGUCUACCCGGCCUGGUCGCAGAAGGUGGAGAAGAAGAUCCGCGCCAAGGCCUUCCAGAAGUGCCCCAUCUGCGAGAAGGUCAUCCAGGGCGCCGGCAAGCUGCCUCGGCACAUCCGCACGCACACGGGCGAGAAGCCCUACGAGUGUAACAUCUGCAAGGUUCGCUUCACCAGGCAGGACAAGCUGAAGGUGCACAUGCGGAAGCACACCGGGGAGAAGCCCUACCUGUGCCAGCAGUGCGGCGCGGCCUUCGCGCACAACUACGACCUGAAGAACCACAUGCGGGUGCACACGGGCCUGCGGCCCUACCAGUGCGACAGCUGCUGCAAGACCUUCGUGCGCUCCGACCACCUGCACAGACACCUCAAGAAGGACGGCUGCAACGGGGUGCCCUCGCGCCGCGGCCGCAAGCCCCGCGUGCGCGCCGCGGGGGCGCUGGGGGGCCCCGAGCCGGCGCCGGGGGGCCCCGCGCCGCCGCCGCCGCCGGCCCCCGACGGCAUGGCCGAUGCCGACGACGACCCCCACCCCCCGGCUGCGGCCACGGCCACGGCGGCGGCGGCGGCGGCGGCGGCCACGGGGGCAGCGGCGCGUCGCAACGGGCAGGAGAAGCACUUUAAGGACGACGAGGACGAGGACGAGGACGCGGCGGGCAGCCCCGACGACAGGUCGAGUGCGGGGGGCGGCGGAGCGGGGGGCGCCGCCGGGGGCACGGGGGCCGCGGUCGGACUCGCCUGAAAACCAAAAACAAACAAA